AUGGCUGAAGAGAAGACACCCCAGACGUCCGAAACAGAAUGCCACACAGUGGGUUCCCCAGAAUUUGAAGAUGAAGAAUGCUGGUUUUACAACGGUUUGGCAAUAUCAUUCUGCAUGUUCAAGCCCAAGAGGCCCUCAAGCCGCUGCCUCUCCAUCCUACCACCAUUUGCUUUACUUCUUUAUUUUUCAUUUACAGAUGACGACAUGGAAACUCAGGAGGACAAAUCCCUGGGCUACACCGAGUCAUUUCGGUGCUUGCAAGACAUCCUUCACGAGAACAAAAUCAACAGUAUUGAUGAUAGCAACACUCGCCAGGCUGGACUAGCCAUAAGCUCCUGCAACACGACUUUGGACAACUGCAGUAAGACCAUAGUCGGACGAAGCCAGUCCAGCAACCAGUAA